GCGGGGCCGCUGCCGUUGCUGGCCGCCGCACGAUGCCCGGCGCCGCCGGAGGUGGCCUGAGCGCCUAGUGGCCCCGGCGCCCUCGCUUCCUCGCGGGCUGGCAUGGGCGGCAAGCAGAGCACGGCGGGCGCCACGGCCGCGGGGCGCUCGCGCGGAGGAGGCGGCGGAGGCGGAGGCCCCUUGGCCGGCGUGGCCAGCGACGACAGUGCGGUGGGGGCGCCGCCGCCGCCGCCGCCCGGGGGAGCCCCGCACUUCGGGCAUUACCGCGGCGGGGGCGGCAACGGGGGAAGCGGCGGCGGCGGCGGCGGGAGCUCGGCGAUGGGGCUGCGCAGCCGCUCCGUCAGCUCCGUGGCCGGCGUGGGCGUGGGGAUGGGCGGCGUGGAGCCGGCCGGCGCUGGCAGCGUCCCUUUCGGCCUGUACGCGGCGGCGGCGGCGGCCUCGGCGGCCAGCAGUGCCACCACCGCCGCUUCGACGGCAACGGCGGCGGCGGCGGCGGCGGCUUCGGGCGACUCGGAGCGGGGUCCAGGCGCGGACUCCACCCCUUACGGCCAUGGCAACGGUUACCAGGAGACGGGAGGUGGUCACCACAGAGACGGGAUGCUGUACCUGGGCUCCAGGGCCUCGCUGGCCGAUGCACUACCUCUGCACCUCGGACCCCGGUGGUUCAGUUCACACAGCGGUUUCAAGUGCCCCGUUUGCUCCAAAUCAGUGGCUUCUGAUGAAAUGGAAAUGCACUUUAUCAUGUGUCUGAGCAAACCCCGCCUCUCCUACAACGACGACGUGCUCACCAAGGAUUCCGGCGAAUGUGUCAUUUGCCUAGAGGAACUUCUGCAAGGAGACACGAUAGCCCGACUGCCCUGCCUCUGCAUUUAUCACAAGAGCUGUAUAGAUUCCUGGUUUGAAGUCAACAGAUCCUGCCCAGAGCACCCGUCAGAUUGACCGCGGGAUCAUACCCGGACCUCUUCCCAGGUCAUCUCACCAUCCAUCCUUCUUACACACACACACACACACACGCACACACACACACUCCCAACUUCUUCCAAACCAGCUCUGGGACAUCCCUGCAGCCUGGGCGUUUAGUGUUCAGUUCUGGACUUCAGAGGCAGAGAAGACAAGCGAGGCCAUACCUGGAGAACCCUCCUCCAGUCCGGGCAGGGGGAUGAAGAAGAGGGCCCGGGGCAGGAGCCAGUGGCCACCGGGGCCCCCUACCCCACCCCACAGCAACGCCAUGAUGUUCCUUUGGGCUAGAGCCGGCCAAGAGCGAAACGGAGCACGACGCACGUCGGUGCCAUUCAAGGACUCUUCCUUCCUGCCCACACACAGGUCCCCUUUUUGCACGGGGAGGGGAAAAAAAAGGGGGGGUAGUUUACCCGUCCCUUUUUAUUUUCUUGGAACAGCAAGGCCAUUUCCCCACCCCACCCGCCUUCUUCCUUCGCCCCUCCUCCCAGUCCUGAGGAGGAAGAGAAGGAGAAGAAUCAGGCGUUUUCUGUGGCAUUUUUCGGACGGCGGUGUUAAGUUUGUCCUUUCAAAUGUUUACAAAAACAGCAACGUGGCAUCAACCAACGUGCCAAGGUGAUGUUUAUAAGGCUGCAUUCUCGGGCAGGCGGGGAGCAGAACUCCCAAGACCUUUUUCUCCCCCCACCCCUGAAUUGCCAAAAAUCCUUUUACUCUUUCUUCCUCCUCUUCCUCGUCCACCCCGACCUCCUCUUCCACCUCGACCUCCGUGCUGGCUUCAGGGGCUGUCCUCUUUUGCAAACCUCCUGCAGCAACAAGACCUGAGCGGGGGGUUUUUUCCCAGCCCUCUGUGGAACGCAGGACUGGCCUUUUUCUUAAAGCGACACACACACAGAGGACGCAACACACCCACCCGCCAACACCCACCCACCCACCCCUCCUGCCCUGCCAGUCCACCAAUGGAGCACGAAGCGAUGCCUGGCUGAGCCACAGGGUUUGCGGGUGGGGUGGGGAAAACCUCCGAUGGACGGUUUUGAUCCGCAGGAAAAAAGUAUCUGUAUUUAUAUAGGAAAAAAAAUGAAAAAAAGAAAACAAACUUUAAAAAUUACAAAAAAGGAGAAAAAAAAACAAAAAUCAAAGCUUGGGAAGGCAAGCUUCCCCUAUUAGUCAAGUGUUUUGAUAUGGUAUUCAAUAAUGCUCAAUAAAAUAGUCACUGUUA